AUGUCCGCAACAACAAACACCACGCAACCGUCUCUGGAUCCUUCCAACCCAUCCUCGACCUUCGCCGGUCUCCCCGCAGUCCCACCAGAGGACCCCUCCCUCAAGACACCCGAGAACAUGUCCGUCCCGCGCGCCAUACGGACCGCUUUCCUCGCCGUUUCACAGUCAGAGGGCGCGGGCGCGCGCGUCCGCCGCUCAAUCGGCACACCCAAGCUUCGCAACUUCAGCCCGUUCCUCAUGCUCGAUCAUUUCUCAAUACCGCCUUCAGCUGGAUUUCCAGAUCAUCCGCACAGAGGACAAGAGACCAUCACGUAUCUACUGAGCGGCGCGGUCGAUCAUGAAGAUUUCGCGGGCAACAAAGGCACAAUCGAGACCGGAGACCUACAAUUCAUGACCGCGGGCCGGGGAAUCAUGCACGCGGAGAUGCCGCGGCAAAACCCGGACGGCAGCGCGAACGUCGGGCUGCAGUUGUGGGUCGAUUUGCCCAAGAAGCUGAAAAUGUGCGAGCCGAGAUACCGGGACCUUAGAGCGAACGAGAUCCCCUCCGUCGAUGUGGAUGAUGGAAAGGUGCACGUCAAGGUCAUCAGCGGACAGAGCCACGGCGUGGACAGUGUCAAGGAACUCGCCUACACGCCCGUGUGGUUGCUGGAUGUCACGAUCAAGCCCGGCGGGAGAAUCGUGCAGAACUUGCCGGUGGGCUGGAACGCGUUCGCGUACACUCUGAAUGGCACGACGGUUUUUGGCGCUGGAAACGGCGCGCAGACGAUCCCGCAGUAUCACAAUGUGGUCUUUGAGCAGAAGGGCGACUCGGCGGUCGCGGAGGUGAAGGCGGAUGCGAAGGAGGAGGGCAGGUUCAUCCUUGUGGCGGGCCUGCCGCUCGAUCAGAAGGUUGUGCAGUAUGGGCCUUUUGUGCUGAAUAGCCAGGAGGAGGUUUAUCAGGCGAUGAUGGAUUACUCAACGCAUUCAAAUGGGUUCGAGAGGGCAAAGGGGUGGGAGAGCGAGAUUGGAAAGAAUAUGGUACACUGA